UACUCAUUGAAUACCGCGCUAAAUCCAAAUCUGAGUACUUUCAUUUUCAUGAUUUUGUUUUUCUUGAAAAAUUAAGUGCAAAAAAGAUCAAUAAUGAAGGGAAAACAAGUUUGUCAGUCAGGCCCCACUAAUACAUAUAUCGUGAGUACACCCAUUGGUGAUAUGGAAAUAAUAAGUUGUCCAAGAGGACUCCAUUCACUACAACAAAUGGCACCAAAUGACAAGAAUUUUUCACCUUGUCCUGGUACAACUGUGGCAGUGAAGUCCCAGAUGUACCAGGACAAUGGAUACACGUACAAACCUGCAGUUCUCUGUGUGCAGUGGUUACAGCACUACUUUGCAGGAGACACCUCUAACUUGACUACAGUGCCUCCAGCUUGUGCCUCUGUGUAUCAGACAGGGACAUUCACAGAGACUGUCUGGAAAACCCUUCAGAGUAAGGUAGCGUUUGGGCAAGUGAUUUCCUAUGGUGCAUUAGCCAUGAUGUGUGGUAACCCCCGCGCCUGCCGAGCCGUGGGACUUGCAAUGAAGAACAACCAAAUCUCCCUCAUCAUGCCAUGUCACAGGGUCAUUCAGAGUGGAGGUAAACUUGGCAAUUACCAUGGAGGGCAAAAGAACAAAAUUAAGGAGUGGUUACUGCAACACGAGCACGCACCAAUAUGAUACAUAUCAUAAAACAUUCUUACGAGUUAGAAAGACUAAAUUGUAAUUUCACAGAAUAUGCAGCAUGUACUCAUGACAUUUUAUACCAUUUGUGAAAUUACUUGACAAUAUUCUGAAUAUUGUGUUACAGUACUGAACUGUAUCUUUGUCAAACUGGAAUGAUCAUAUUAAAUAAUAUGGUACAAAAUAAGUAGAAAUAUAUGUAUCCAGAUAAAUAUUA